AGCCAAGAUGAGAGUAUUCUCUGAAGCGUUUAAUCUGCUAAAUUUGAACAUCAGCGAGCGCAUGCAAGCCCAGAGAGUGUUAAUUCUAUGAGAAACGAAAAGCUCACUAGCACUCGUCCUCCCUGGCUUAUUUAAAAGCACUCUUAGAGCAUCAUUGUACGCCACCUGCAGCUUUCUCAUACUGGCACUUUUAUAGUUAGCCCAAAGAUGAUCUGUAUACAGAGGAGUGCAAAAUGCUUUAAAUUAUGUCACCUUGACUCCUUCUGUACACAUACCAAACAGGUUGUGGUUUAGAAGCAAAAUGACGACAUUUGUAUAGGCAUCAGCUCUUGUUGUCAAUUAGAUGUGGAUCCAUAUAAAAUCAGAAUUAACAACUCUACACAAAAAGAAAUCGAGAUAAACUUUAAAAAUGGACACCCGCGUGCACAGACUAUUGUCUGCACCAACUCCCAGCAGCUUAAAGACAACCCCAGCUCUGACUUCCCCUUCCUGAAAACCCAAAGCUGCAGACAUGCAGCUGUGAGGAGAGGCUGAACUUCUGAAUGUGUGUGUGUGUGUUCAAUACAUUAUAAAUGAUUGUGAUUCGAUUGCAUCUUCAGUGUACAGAUUGAAUGUAACCAUUGUCUGUCUGACCCUUGCUUUCAAGUAAAACUUUCAAAAGAUGAGAUGUAAGUUUAGCAGGUCAUCAGCGCUGCACAGAUGUUCUCAUCGCUGUGUCUGAGGCUCCUCAGGACAGCCAUGGUGUGACCUCUAGGUCGCCAAAAGAGCCGGCUGUCUAGGAACAGUUUGUCCACGGCGACCACUGCUCAGGAUCUGGCGGUGAGCUGCUCCUCCUAAGUGGGAACGGUCUCUUCCUCCGCCGCAGGAUCUCCAUCAGGAACCAGUCAUUCACACUGAAAGUGUGUUCCCUUCAGCUCCUGACCGUGGCUCUUCACCAGCUCCUUUUGUUUAUGGUGCUCACAUUUAGCUACAAUCGGUCGUGGAUGCUUGCUGUGGGAUCUCCUUCCUCUGAGUCAGUGAAAUCUAUGGAAGGCGAUCUUCUGCACCUCUUCCUUGGGGAGCUUCAGCUGGGCCUCCAUGAAGAUCUUCACCGUUUCAGGUUAAUCAUGAUCUGCAGCUGUCUUAAUUUCAGUUAAUCACCCUCAGCCUGUAUAAGUAUCUGGCUUUCAGUUUCUCCUUGUCACAUCAUCUGCUUUGUCACUCUCGUGUUGCUCCCAUGGUUUUAGCAUGGUUCAGUUUAUUUAUGAAACGUUUUACUUUCUGCCACCAUGCCUAGUCUAGUCCAGCAUUUUGGGUCCUGCACCACCAGGUCCUCACAGAAACUGUUUCCCUGAGAGUGCCAGCGGCUCAUCCAACAAUUCUCCGGCUCUCACUUGCAGCAAAUCACAUGUUUGACAUCGACUCACUUAUCUCCCCACGCAUUCACUUUUUAUUACUAAAAUAUGCUUUUGAAACACCACCGAUCCAGCUCUGUUGCAAUAAAAAUUCAAUUCUUAUGCAAGUCUCAUGUACACUGAACACAUCCUGAUGUGAACCGGGGACAAAAAAAUCCUCAAAUAUCUGGUUCAUUUUAGUCCUUAGCAGAAACAAAACUCACCAUAAAUGAAUAAAUAUCAAAACAUUAAAUACAAUGUGUGAUUUUACAUGAUCUUAUGUGGCGAUUAAUUUAUUUUAAAAAGUAUAUUCAUUGAUCAAAUUGUCUGCAAAUUAUAUCAAUUGUAAUUUUAGAAGAAAAACAACUUGAUAGAAAAACACAGACCAUCCUCAGGUCUGUGGGUAACUUUCACACAUGUGGAACUCAAUUCAUGCUUGUCUGAAGUGAGCAACAUAAAAACGACACGCGCAGAUGUUGAACAUCUGCAAAACGUUGUUGGCCCUGAGAUAAGACUCCCUCCUGCUAUGAGGCUGCACGCCAGGCAUGGGAGACACAACAGUCUGCAUCCGACCAGCAAACAGAGCUGAGGGAAGAGAACCUUUCAGUGGAGCUGUGUCAAAAAAGGUUCCUCAUAGCACAUUUCAGCCGUAUUUCUCAUGUAAUAUGGACACAAAAGGACCAAGGAUGGCAUUUUAUCUGCUGCUGAUGGUGCAUAGCUCCCUGCAACAGACUUUCUCUGAGAAUAGGAACAACAAAACAGAAUUAGAUUCUGCUGUGGAGGAGCUGCAGAAGCAGAUCAACGACAUUGUUCAGGAGCUGAACUUGCUGAAAGAGCAGCAGGCUCUGCAGACAGUUUGUCUGAGAGGCACAAAGGUCCUCGGCAAAUGUUUUCUGGCCGAUCCAGUGAAGAAGACCUUCCACUCAGCCAGCGAUGACUGCAUCGCCAAAGGAGGAAGCCUGAGCACCCCCCUGACAUGGGAGGAGAACGACCAGCUCUACAACUACGUGCGGCAAAGCAUCAGCUCCGAGGAGCACAUCUGGCUGGGCAUCAACGACAUGAUAACAGACGGCCAGUGGGUGGACAAUUCGGGCUCGAAUGUACGUUUCAAGAACUGGGAGACAGAGAUCACCCUGCAGCCGGACGGCGGCCACAGCCAGAACUGUGCUGUCCUCUCCACCACAGCCAAGGGUAAGUGGUUUGAUGAGAGCUGCAGAGCCGAGAAGGCCUCUGUGUGUGAGUUCAACAUCGUUUGAGAGCUCUGCACAUAAAGUAUGUUUUUACUAUUUGGUUAUAUGCAUGUUAUGGUGCACACCCAUUUGUGUAACAAGCAGGACAGCAGCAUGCCAGGGUUGUAACCAAGUAACCAUCACAUAAUACCUAAAAAGCAGCAGCUUCUUCCAUCAUUGACUCCUGUGUGGAGGAUUAAAGUCCUAAAGAACCUGAGUUUUGUGUGGAGGAAGCAUAAACAACCACACCCCAGCUCAUCCCACAUGGGUUAGUGUUAAGAUUCAACGGAUCCUUUUCAACUUUCUGACGCAAGUUUCUGAAAGACUCCAGGAACCUCUGUGUUGUUUUUUGAUAAACUCGGUUUGGUCCCUGACAGCAAAGAAAUGAGAUUUCCUUUGGUUUUAGAAUUUACUUGCAGCAACACAGCCUGAAGAUGACAGACCCCACACCAUCACACUUCCUCCACUGAAAGUUGUUACUCUCACAGUAAUGAGCAGUUGAUAAAUCAGGCAAAUUUAACCCAAUAAUUAUGAGACCUCUGCUGGUUUCCAUCUAAGGUUUUACUAAUCAGAAUUUGGAACUGAAUAAUAAAAAAGUUUGGUGGAUUGAAGAUUUGGGAAAUCUUUCAACAUUCAACAAAUUCUGCAUUCCCCAAACACAUAUUUCUUACAAAUGUGGUUGCAUUUAACUUUUAUAGCAGGAAAUGAAUGCAUUAAAAAAUAAUCCUCCAAACUUAAAGUUCCUCCAUUUUGGUUUGUAGUAAAACAUUUUGUCUGACUCUCCGGCAUAUUUUACAUUUUCUGAUGUUGUUCACUAACAUAAAUUCGGGAUGAAUAAUUUAUUUUUUAAGUGAAUCUCUCAUGCUUUCUUUUUGACUCAGAAAUGAUAAUCAUGUGAUCCCUUUUUUUAUUGUAUGUAUUUCUGUUUGUAUUCAUGCAUGCAUUUUAUGAUUUAAAUUAAUAAACGUGUAAAAAAAACUCUACAAAAGU